CUGAGAGAGCCAUUAUCUAAAGCUCUGCCUCUUUCCUAAACAACACACACACCUUAGCGCACCUGUUCAGUGUAAACCAUCUACGUAUUAUAACCUGAAACUGUGGAACUGAAGCAGUGUGGACUGAAAGCAGUGUUAUCUGGAUAAGAUCAUCUUUGAGAGAGUAUGGCCUCUACGAUCGGCCUCCUCCCCGAGAAGCCCUUCUUGUGCUCUCUGUGCAAAGACAUCUUCACCAGCCCAGUGACCACACCGUGUGGACACAGCUUCUGCUUGUCCUGUCUCAGCCACUACUGGUCACGACACCAGUCUAAAUACUGCCCCCACUGUAAGAGGCUGUUUGCUGACCGGCCUGACCUCAGCGUCAACCGCAUCCUGGCAGACAUCUCAGACAACUAUAGGAAGAAUCGACCAGAGAAACCGCCUGAAGAGGAAACGGUUAUAGAUGUUGAGCAAAUGAUUCAGGAAAGGCUGCAGAAGAUAGAAAGGUUGAAAUAUGCUCUUGAGCUCCAAAAGAACUCCUACCUCCGAGAGGUGCGAGAGAGCCAGAAGGUCUUCUCUGUCCUCGUACAAGCUAUGGAGAAGAGUCACAAAGCGGUGGUGGACUCAAUCGAGGAACGACAGAGAGAGGAGGGGAAGAAAGUAGAAACACUGGUGAAAGAGAUCGAACAGGAGAUCCAGGAGCUGAGGAAGGAGACUGCUGAACCUGAUCCCCAGAUUCCUGUAAACGGUGACGAUGAGACGAAGCAAGUCACCGCAAUUGUUCCCACCGUCUGCCCCUCUAAGAUGAAGGACUGGUCCAGGGUUACCGUAGAAUCUGACCCUUGUGUUGGGGUCACCAGGCGAGCACUGGCAGACAUAAUGGAGAAGAUAAAGGUAGAAGUCAACCGGCUCUCCAAAUCUGAACUCAAGAGGAUAGAGAAAUACACAGUGGAUGUCAAUCUCAGCGCUAAGACAGCCCAUCCCGUCCUCUCCGUCUCAGACGACAGAAAACAGGUGAGACACACGAACAAGCUCCAGGAGGUACCAGAUCACCCCAAGCGGUUCGACCGCGUGGCGAACGUGCUGGCCAAAGAGAGCCUCAGCGGCGGGAGGUGCUACUGGGAGGUGGAGGUCGGGGAGAAGAUCGAGUGGAACCUGGGCGUUGUCAGUCAGUCCGUAAACAGGAAGGGCAAGUUCACCAUAUGCCCUGCGAAUGGUUACUGGACUCUAAGCCUGAAGCCUGGCGGCCAGUUCAUUGCCAACACCUCUCCCGUCACGCCGCUGGCUCUGGAGCAGAGACCCAAGGCGGUGGGCGUGUUUCUGGACUACACGGAAGGCCACGUGUCCUUCUACUGCGCAGAAUCUGGAGUCCACAUUUACACCUUCACAGACACAUUCACUGACAGGCUUCAUCCGUUCUUCAGUCCCGGUCGCCUGCAUGGCAGCAAAAACGUUGCACCCCUGAUCAUCUCUUCUAACUUCUGCAGCAUCUAAACAUCAUACUCAAUAUUUUCUAUUUAUAAAUCU